UUCAGUCACAAUUGCAUCAGAUGUUUAAGUGCUUCGCUAGGCUAAACUCUGCCCAUCACUAGUACUCUGUAUCAGCCUUUCCCCGUAGUUAAUGUAUGCGUAUCGUCAAUUCGGACAGUAUUAGCACCCACUACUUAUAAGAACAACUCCAAGGAUGUUAUCUGGAAGGCUUCUGUUGGUUUCAACUUUGUUUGCGGUUACAAGGUCAGUUCCAGUUGACAGAAAUGUAAAAAUCCCAGAAGAACAAAACAAUGUAGAAGACAAGGAGGAAGACUCACUGGACACAGGCCUGUACUAUGACCGUUACCUUCGUGAGGUAAUUGAUGUUCUAGAGACAGACACGCAUUUUCGAGAAAAGCUCCAGGCCGCCAAUGCAGAUGAUAUCAAGAGUGGGAAACUAAGUAAGGAGCUUGACUUUGUUAGUCACCAUGUCAGGACGAAACUUGAUGAAUUAAAAAGACAGGAAGUCUCCCGCUUGCGAAUGCUCAUUAAAGCCAAAAUGGAUGCCACAACUGAUCAAAAUGUACAGAUUGACCAUACAAGUCUAUUAAAACAGUUUGAGCAUCUUGAUCAACAGAACCAGCAUACUUUUGAGGCUCGUGACUUGGAGAUGCUAAUUAAGGCAGCAACACGUGAUCUUGAGAGUUAUGAUGCUGCCAGACAUGAGGAAUUCAAGCGAUAUGAGAUGCUAAAGGAGCAUGAAAGAAGGGAAUACUUAAAGUCUCUUGAUGAGGAAAAGAGAGAGAAGGAAGAAAGGAGACUGGAGGAAAUGAAACAAAAACACAAGGAGCAUCCCAAAGUUAAUGUGCCUGGUAGUCGGGAUCAACUUCAAGAAGUCUGGGAGGAAACAGAUGGUCUUGACCCGAAAGAAUUUAACCCCAAAACAUUCUUCAAGCUGCAUGAUACUAAUGGUGAUGGUGUUUUGGAUGAACAAGAAAUGGAGGCAUUGUUCACCAAAGAGCUGGAGAAAGUAUAUGACCCCAAAAAUGAAGAAGAUGAUAUGAUGGAAAUGGAGGAAGAGAGAUUAAGAAUGAGAGAGCAUGUCAUGAAAAAUGUAGACACAAAUCAUGAUCGACUUGUUAGUUUGCAGGAGUUUCUGAAGUCAACGGAGAGAAAAGAUUUUUCUAAUACUGCAGGCUGGGAGACAUUAGAUGAGAAGCCUGCAUACACUGAGCAGGAACUUAGGCAGUUUGAGGCAGAUCUUGCUGUUCAGGAGGCAGAGCUUGGAAAGAGAGCGGAGCAACUUUGGAAAGAACAUGAGGACCUAAAACAACGGGAGAGAGAGCUGCAGGAGCAAAAGAAAGAGUACCAGCAGGCAGUAAUGCAGAUGGCACAACGACAGAAAGCUCCACAGGUACAGGAGCAACCUCCAUCAGGUCCUCAAGAAGAGCUGCAAUUUGUGGGAGACAAACAGCCAGAAAAAGAAAAAAUUGAACAAACACACCUUCAAACAGAAACACUACCUCCCACUGAGCCCCCAAGAAAUCAGCCUGAUCAAGCAUCUUAGGGAUAAUAGUCCUUGCUAUGUUUUCCAUUGUCUCUCUCACUCUCCUUUCCCAUAGCAUUUUAUUGUUGAAUGGACACUCUUUACUUAAUUUUCAUUACUAUUAAUUUCUAAAGACAUGCUUUUUUCUGUUUCUUUUUUGGAAUAAUGACUUUGUUUGAAAGAUUCUCGCAUUUUGCUUUUAGUAAAACUUUGUCUAGUCCAAAAGUUAUCAUUUGAUUUAUUUUUCUGUGGACUUCUGUGUUUCCACAAUUAACAUUUUCUUUGGUAUAAAUUACUUGCAGUUGAUCCAUGGCCACCUUUUUAUCAGUGAUCCAGAAAUUGAAUUUAAUAUGGAUUGUGGCCUGCCUGUUUUACUACAGUGUGUUUUGAAUCAGAUACAUUUUUCCAGGAAUAUCUGUUUUAUGAGGUUUGCUCAGCCAUCCCACUAAGGAGGGAAAGAUUUUAGCACUGGCAACCAAUAUGAUCCAUAUGUGCAAGCAGAACCGAUUUUUUUUUUUAAAAAGGCAAAACCUCUAUUUAACUAUGUGUUUUGAUUUGAAGAAGAUUUAUUUAUUUUUAAAUUGUACUUUUUUAUGGCAUUGUUGCCAGCACUUUAAACAAUACUUGCUGCAAUUUUACAAACUGUCGUAUGCCUUUGUUAAGGUUAAAAAUAAUUAAAUGAAGUACAGCAUUGCUGUCUUAAUAAAGAAACUAACAACAAA